AUGCAUAUACGAUUACUGAUUUUCAUCGCAAUAUUUUAUGGCGCAACUUUGGGAUGUUUGCUGAAAAAUGGAAUGAGUUCGGUGUACCUUUCAGCUUUUGAAGAUUUGAAGCCAGGUUAGUGUUUUUGUUUUACUCGAUUUCACUUUUAUUUUGAACUUCAAUCGGUUCUUCAUAAACGAAAAAAUAAUUGGUUUUUCGGGAAAAACGGGCGUGCAAAAAGUUUAAUUGGAAUAAAAGGUUUUCGUGAAAAAAAGUUGAAUAACAUAUGGAGGAAAAUAGGAAGAAAAGGGAUGGGGUGGGUGAUUUUCUAAUUUUCUAAUUUCAAAAGUAGUGGGUUGAGAGGAGAGUGAUUUUUGAAGGAGGAAAUUUAAAAAGAGGUUUCAAAGAGAGGGUUGAAAGAGAGGGUUCUUUUAAUGUAUAACAUUAGUAUGUUACUGUAUUAGUAGGGAGUUCUUUCAAUUUCACCGGAUUACUGUAAUUUAUAUGGCUCAUGAAGAACGUAAACGUUGUACCGAUUUUUUGUUUAUAUCUGUUAAAUCUGGACUAUUGGUUUUUUUUCAAAAAAAAAAAGAAACAUUCUCUCUCCCUGUCAUUCUAUAAUAACUCCCUCUUUCUUCCAAAUGUUUCUCCCAAUCUCCAGAAACUAUAUUCACUAUUACAUAACAAUAAACAUAAUAGACUUUGCUGCAAAAAUAAGUCAAUUUGACUCGUAGCUCAGGUCCUAAUUUAAUCUAAUCGCUAUAAUAAUAAUCCUUUUCCCGACUCUCUUUGUUGUCUAUAUUUUGGCAUCAUAAUUAUUGUUAGGGUUCCCUCUCUCCCUAUCCGACAUCAUUAGUGUUUUGUGUAUGUAUGUCGCACCCUCUUAAACAAUAGAGUAACAAGAUCAACGCAAUGUUUAAGUUAGUUGAGCCAAUUUGGAAAUGAAAUUGAAAGUUUCUCCUGUUAUAUUGCCAUCAAUUUCUCAUUUUCCUUCUUUCUUGAAAAUGAAAAGAAACAGAUGUAAACAUAUAGAUAAGAAAAGCUGGAAAAAAACUGGAAAAGCUGAAUAUGAAUUAAUUGGUUUUCAUAUUAUUUUGUUUUUUUUCUUGCAGGAAAUAUUAUCGGGACAUUGCCGUUUGAUGAUGAAGAUGAGGCGGAAAGUUCAAAGGAAAAUAAUAAGGUUGAGCUGACGGUUGUCAAAGGAAAUGAUGUUGUUGAUAUCAAACCGGGGACACAUGAUCUGGUGUUGAAGAAAUCGCUUGACCGAGAUGAGGUGGGUUUUCAAUAAAAUAUUCAGGGAUUUAGAAGGUUUUGAAAAUUCGAUUUGAGAAUUGGGAUCUUUUAAAAACAAUCGAGUUUCUUAUAAGAUGUUUCAGAAGCUCCAUCAUUUCUCCAAAAAAAUCCGGAAGCAUACAAUUUUUGCCGAUUUUUCAAUUUUACUAGCUUGAAUACAGAUCUCAAGUCAUUUUUCAAAGAUUUAAAAGUCUUAUUAUGAUUAUUUUUCAAUUAGUUUCAAAACUCAAAGUCGAAUAGAUCUACAUCAUUUUCGUAAAACUCAAACUUCUUGAUAAAUAUUUCAAAAUCAAAUUUAUAUUUCUCAUCCACUUAUCAAAUCACGGCGUUCUUUUUCUUCUCUUCUUCUCCCAUAUUAAAAAUAAAUAUAUAAAUAAUCUCCAAAUCAAAAAGUACCCAGCCUUGCGAGCAUAAACAAUGUUUUCUCAAGUGCCACUUGCUCUCCUUUCCUUUUUCAUACAUUCCAAACAAAAAGUCAAAUCGAAUCAGAAAAAAUAAUAAUAUGUAUAUUGAUAGCCAACCAAAUAUGUCAAAAAAAGUGACAAACUGGUUCAGAUUUAUUUGCGUAAGGUUUUAUUUUGAUGUGUGAUAAUAGAAAUAAAACAAACUUUUUGAAAAUCAAAUGGAAUCGGACAACAAUACGAGUUGAGUUGAUGUUGACCUAUUUGAGCUCAUCUUUUAAGUGUUUUGCGUGUAAAACAAAAGAACUCGUUUCUCGAUUCGAACAAAUAUGUACAUACCAAAAACUUUUUGCUGAAGUUUUUUAUUUUUAUUUUUGCCUCAAAGGGGAUGGUUCAUUUGACUGUCUAUAUGUAAAUGUCCCAAAAAUUUUAUGACGCGUUACUCAAUGAGGCUACGCCGAAAAAGGACAAUUUUUUUAAAUGGAGUAGUACAUCGAAGAUAAAAAUGUUGUAAUAAUACAUUUAUGAGAAAUAAAAAUUUCAUUUCAGGGACUUGGAAAAUUUGAAGCUGUUGUCGAGUGUCGAUCCUCAAAUUUGGAAGCCGAAUUCAGUCAGGUAAAAAAAGUGUCUAAUGUUUGCGAAAAUUUGAAAAUCUGACUUAUCAUUUCAAAAACCAAAAAUCUAUUCAACUUUGAUCACCCAAGUAACUUCCUGUCAAGAUCUCCCAGAUAUCAAAACCGGAACUAAUUAAUAAAAAUAUAAUCAUAAAUCACUUCAUAAUUUCCAUCAAUCUUCAUCAAAUUAUAUCAUUUCAGCUAAACAUAUCGGUUUUUGUUACGGUCAAAGACAUUAACGACAAUGCGCCAAUUUUCGAUUCACCCGAAUAUUUUGUCGACAUCAAAGAAGAGUUACCGAUUGGUAAUUAGAUUUUUGUUUGAAAAAGAAAUGGAAUUAAAAAUAAAAUAUAUAAUUUAGGUACAAUUGUUUUCACUGAUUUCGAAGCCACGGAUAAUGAUCAACCUGGACCCAAUAGUUUUGUGCAAUACUCAAUAGUUGCUGGACAACAUGCACACUUUUUUGAUAUUCCAGACCCGUUUAAACCUGUUAUUACAAUCAAAGAUCGCAUAAGUUUUGAGGAAAUUCAAAAAUUCACUGUUGAAAUAGAAGCAAGAGAUCAAGGAGAGCCAAGUCUUGCUUCAAAAGUUCCACUUCAUGUGACAAUUAUUGACGUAAAUGAUUUAUCACCGAAAUUUGAACAUCAAUAUUAUACAGCGAAAUCUCAAAAGGUAUGUAUAUACUGUUUGUUUUUUUUCUAAACACAUACAAGAAAUUUUAGAAUGGCUUGUUGAUUUUCGAACCGGCGCAAAUUGCAGCCAUCGACGGCGAUCAUCUCAACGCUUCGUUGACUUUUUCACUAUCUGGAGGUUUGUUUGGAAAAUGGAAAUUAUGCAGAUUUUUGUUGUUGCGUAGUCUGUAUAGAUUUUUGAAAUUUGAUUUUGGAAAAAGUAUAUUGAUCGAGAAUUUUGAAGGAAAACAGAGUUGAUAGUUCUUCAUUUUGAAAAUAUUUAUAGAAGAGAAAUUUUAAAAAUAAUCUGGGAAAGUUUUAAAUACCACAAUUGCAAUACAAAAAUGUUUUUCUAGAACUAUCCGAUCACUUCGUAAUCAAUGAAAACGGCGAAAUCCACUCAAAAACCUCAAAUCCACCACCACGAGCAACCUUCUUUGUCACGGUAAGAACUACUAAUAGUCAAGUCAAGUAAAAAAAGUUGUCCUUGAAUUUAUUUGGCGCCAGUCAAAACAGUUUCUUUAAUUGGCAACGAGUAAAAGAAAAAAGAAGAAAAAAGAAUAGAAGAGGAAAAAGAAAGGGCAAAGAAAAUCGAGAAUCACACCUAAAAGGGAACGGGAACGGUUUUCAUGUUCAAUAUAACAACAAAAAGCAAUCAUUUUGUGAUUAAUUGAAGUGUUUUUGGGGAUUGGCAUGUCAGCAAGGUUAUUUAGAAGAAAAAAUGAGAGAAUAAUAGAUAAUUUUUUAUCUUGGUUAGCAGCAGGGGUUUAAUGAAGAAAUAGAGAAAAAAAGAAAUUGGUCGCAGGGACUCGAACAAAAUUGCACAAUGACAGCGUACUCUUUUUAUCAACUACAUAAAAACUCAAAACAAUAGGGGUUUCAAUGGUUUUUGGAGGUUGGGACUUUUAACUUAAAUAUCCCUCUAAUGGAAUUUGCUCUAUGAUUACUCUGUACAAGUAAUCUAGUUAAAGAACUUCACAAAACUAAUUGUAAAUUCCCUCAAAAAUUAAUAUGCAUUUUUCUCUCCAGGCGGCUGAGACUGAUGACCCUGAAAAAAACUCAACUGCCAUUAUUUCAAUCCGACUCCAACCAUCACUAGCCUUCCAACACAACACAUAUUCAACCAGAAUUGUGCCAUCAACCCCAAUUGGCUCAACAAUUCUUACAGUUAAAGCGUUUUCUGAAAAUGUGAGUUUUAGGUGUUUUUUUUUUCUGGAAAUUUAAGAAAACAUAUUUACAGAAUGCAUCAAUAUUGUAUUCAUUGCUCGGUGAUACAAAUAGUGUAUCAAUUGAUGAAGCGACCGGAAAUGUUGUGCUUCGCAAAAAAUUGGAAAAACCUGAAACACUUAAUGUGACAGCUAGUGAUGGUGAAAAUGUAAGAUUUUUUGAAUAUUAGAAAAUUUCAAAAGUAAUUUUAUUCAGGUGGUCACAACGAUUUUACAUUUGUUUGUUAGUGAAUCUGAAGAAAGUUGUAAAGGUCCACCAAAAUUCGAGAAAUUUGAGUAUAAAAUGUCUAUUGGAAAAUUAAAUGUGUUGGGAGUUAUAAAUGCGACUUCAAGAUCAGGAAAUCGAGUUACAUAUAUUUUGAUGAAUUUGAAUAAGUAAGAAAAAUAAUUUAAAUUUUCCUCUUAAAACAUAUUUUCAGUGAAUUCGAAGUGGAUAACAAUGGAGUUGUGAAAAUAUUACCAAAAGCUAGACCACAAUGUAAGACUUGUGAAUUGAUUGUUGUAGCAAAAGAUGGAAAUCAAGUUGCGAUGACUAAAGUUAUGAUAGAUAAUCCAGCAUUUGUUAUUCAACCAUCGGCAGCAUUCACGAUUUUGAUUUUAAUUAUUUUAUGUUUGAUUUUUGCAAUGUUGUCAAUAUUGGUUUGCCGAAGGUUUUGUGAAAAGUGAGUUUGUGGGAGAUUAUUAAAAAAUUAAACGAGUGUUCAGCAAAUCAUAAAGUUCUUAAGAGUAUCAAAACUCGAUUCGAAUGAAAAAAAAAAGAGUUCAAAAAUUUCAAAAUAAUGAGCUAUGUGUGGUUUUUUUAAUCUCAACACACCACCUCGAUCAAAAAACCAAAUUAAAUCCUCAAAAGUAAAUAUAUUUUUUCAGAUGGAAAAGAGGGACUCGGCGAUCGAGCAUCUGUUGGCUCAAUGGAACCACCGAUACAGGAAUCUCAAUAACCACAACGACGCCAACAACAACCACCAGGUAUACAUUUUUAAAUGAAAAUAUCUCCAAUUUUCCCCAAACCCCCAAAACAAGUUUUUUUUUAGUAGAUAUGUGGUGAACAGUGAAAAAGAACGAUGUUACGAUGCCAAAUCACCUGGACCAAAACGAUCACAGGGCGCACAUUUGGUGCCAGUUACCGUAACUUCACAUGAUGGUGCAACUCCAACAGUCUACUUUUGA